AUGCGGCCAGUGGAGAUGUCUGCCAAGAAGCCUGUACCUUUUCUGCGACAAGUCAUCUCUGUUACGAAGAAGGUCCACAGAGACCCUCGAUUUGAUGACCUGUCUGGAGAGUAUAAGCCUGAGAUAUUUAUGAAGACUUAUAGCUUCCUGGACAGCAUCAAGAAGCAGGAGAAGGAGGUGAUGCUGUGUGCCUGUCCUUGGCCAGAAGAACCUGGCUUGGCAGGGCCAGCUUCUGCAAAGGCCUUUCACAGUGGAGGUGGCAGUCAUGCAGCUUUCUGCUCUCUUCUUCAGAUGGUUCAGAAGGAGCUGAAAAAAUGCCGGGACAUAGAGCAGAAGGAGAAACUCCAGCAGCUCCUGAACCGCAUGACACAACAAGAACAGGCACAGAAAAAACAGCAGAAAUUGAGGGAGAGGGAGCUGUCUUUGAAGAGACAACAGAGGGAAUUGGCCAAGCAGGGAAAGAAACCCUUCUUCCUAAAGAAAUCUGAGAAGCGGAAAAUGGAGCUAGCAGAGAAGUAUGCAGAGCUGAAGAGGAGUGGGAAGCUGGAGAGCUUCCUGAACAAGAAGAGGAAGAGGAAUGCCAUCAAAGACAAGCACCGUCUGCCCUCGCAGAAGAACCUGUGACUGCAGGACAGACAUGCUGUUGUCUGGUACUGGGACUCACUCUGCCCUGGCCAGGCCUGGCAGAUGGCCACCCCUCUUCCCAGUAUCUGCUGUUCACUGUACACUGGUGCUGUAAGGCAGCAGAGUGGAGCCUGAACUGAGGGAAAUGGCGCUUUUUGUAGCUGAAAUGUCCUCUUCACAUGUGGUUUACACUUUGCCUGGGCAGUGACAAGUCUUAUCAUGCAGAUGUACAUGGUGUUGACAGCUGUCUCUGUCCUUGCACCUGCUCUUCCUCUAGCUAGGAGAGCACAAGCCCUACCCUGCAUUGCUGGCUCUACUCCAGGUCUUACCAGACACCAGCUGAGGUGGGAAAGGACCCACAGUGCCUGCUCAGAGCAGGGCUAGCACUGACUUCAGACUAGGUUGCCCAGGGUCUCUUCAGUUCAGUGUGGGAAUGUCCAAGGACAGAUGUCAUCACCUCUCUUGGCCUCUGCUCCACUGCUUCAAGUUCUUAAGGUGAAACUUUUUCCCCCCUUGCCUCCUCCAGGAAAGCUGCCUGGUUUUAGUCUGUAGUCAUUGUCCUGUUCUCGGUGAAGUGCCUGGCUCCAUCUCCUCAGUAGCCUUCUCAUAGAUCUCUGGGGUGGGUGGCAAAGGGGUGCUAUUAGGUCUCCCCAAAGCCUUCUCCUCCUGAGUGAACAAACAUGGUCAGUUCCCUCAGCCUUUCCUUGCAGUGCUCCAGCCUCUGACAGCUUUCACCUCCUCGGCUGGAGUCAGCCCAGAGGACCAACAUCUGCCUUCUGGGGGCCCAGCCUGGGGGCAGUACCUGGCUGUAGUCUCACAGAUGCCGGGUAAAGGAGAGAGGGUCCCACCGCUCUGCUGGGUGGGGUCCCCUGGCCUGGCUGGCCUUCCUUGCAGCCAGGGCAUGCUGCUGACCGCUGCUGACAGUGCUCAGGUGCUGCUGCCCGGGGUCUCCAGCAGGGCUGCCUCUCUCGGCUUCUCAAGAUGGUCUCUGCAGGGCAUUAGUGCUUCUAGGAAACUGAUUCUAUAUGAAAUAAAAUACCUCAGCUUUCCUUUA